AAGUAUCCACGUCCGCCUAGCCAGGUUCACUUCCGCCCUAUUUGAGCGCCAAAAGUCGGGGGGAGGUUAGUGGCCGAGGAGGAGGAGCUGCUGGUCCCGUUGUUGCUGAGAUCCGUGGGAAAAGGGCGACAUUCGGAGCCCGGGAGGUGCUGUUGGGCGGGUAAACGGGGUUCAAUCGAAGGUUCAAAAGGGAGGCUUUCUUCUUAAAGCACUGCUGAAUAGUAACAACCGACGUCCUUUCUCGAGUUUUUGAAGUUCCCUUCGGUUGCAGUCCUGCGCCCGUGUACCUGCGGGUAAGAUCCCGUGAACCAAGUGGGGCUCCCUUCUGAGCUGAACAUGGAAAGUGUCAUUAAAGAGGCAUGCGGAACAACGUCUUGUUCAGAUCUGAGUGUUGAUGAGGAGCUGUCAUACCUACCAGAAAGGCUAAAAAGGAGACUGCUUCCUUUCCAAAAGAAAGGAGUUUUGUUUGCAUUGGAAAGAGAGGGCAGGUGCAUGAUUGCAGAUGAGAUGGGCUUGGGGAAGACGAUCCAAGCAAUAGCUGUGACUUACUACUACAGAAAUGAAUGGCCUUUGUUAAUAGUGGUGCCCUCCUCUCUGAGAUACCCUUGGGUUGACGAGAUAGAGAAAUGGAUUCCAGACCUCUGUCCCGAAGAUAUAGUCAUCAUUCAGAAUAAGACUGACACUUGGAGAAUAUCUUCAAGCAAAGUAGUCGUGUUGGGUUAUGGACUGCUAACUUCAGAUGCACAGACUUUAAUAAAUACUCUACACAAACAGAGGUUCAAAGUAGUAAUAGUGGAUGAAUCCCACUACAUGAAAUCCAGAAAUGCAAUUCGUAGCAAGAUUUUAUUGCCUAUUGUACAGAAUGCUGUCCGGGCCAUUCUUUUGACUGGAACUCCUGCUUUAGGAAGACCUGAAGAGCUUUUCAUGCAGCUUGAAGCACUUUGCCCGAGAAAAUUUGGGACAUGGAUUGAAUAUGCAAAAAAAUACUGUGAUGCACGUAUCAGAUUUUUUGGUAAAAGACGACAGUGGGACUGCAGAGGAGCCUCCAAUUUAGAUGAGCUGCACCAUUUACUGAGUAAUGUAAUGAUAAGGCGACUGAAAAAUGAAGUUUUAACACAGCUACCGCCUAAAAUCAGACAGCGAAUUCCCUUUGAUCUUCCCAAAACGGCUUCUGCGGACUUAAAUGCUAGCUUUGAAGAAUGGGAGAAAUUGAGGAGGGCUUCAGAGUCUACAGAAAGUGACUUCCUCCAGGUGAUGGGCCUAAUUACCCGCAUGUUUAAACAAACUGCCCUCGCCAAGGCUGGAGCAGUGAAGGAUUACAUAAAAAUGCUCCUAGAGAAUGACACAUUGAAGUUUCUAGUCUUUGCUCAUCACUUAAGUAUGCUUCAGGCAUGUACAGAAGCAGUGAUAGAGAGCAAGGUCCGAUACAUUCGUAUAGAUGGAAGUGUGCCUUCUGCAGAAAGAGUAAAUCUUGUUAAUCAGUUUCAGAAGGACCCAGAUACUAGAGUGGCCAUUUUGAGCAUUCAGGCUGCUGGCCAGGGUUUAACUUUUACGGCUGCUACUCAUGUCGUUUUUGCUGAAUUGUAUUGGGAUCCUGGACACAUUAAACAAGCAGAAGAUAGAGCACAUCGGAUUGGGCAGUGCAGUUCUGUGAAUAUCCAUUAUCUUAUUGCAAAUGGAACGAUGGACACUCUUAUGUGGGCAAUGCUGAACCGGAAGGCUAAAGUUACAGGCACCACGCUAAAUGGCAAGAAAGAAAAAUUGCACACUCAAGAAGGUGACAAAGAGAAAUGGGAUUUCCUCAAUUUUGCAGAAGCUUGGAUUCCAAAUGAAAGUCUAAGUGAGAUGAAGGACGAGGUCUUGUUCACCAAUUUUGAAAAGGAGAAGCAGCAUGAUAUUCGUGCUUUCUUUUCACCGAAACCUAAUACAGAACGAAAACGAAAAAUGGAUUCUGGUGAUACAUCUUGUCAAGACUUCAAAGAAGAAGACUUGGUGAACGGUGGAUCUUCAGACCUUGCCCCAGAAAUAACUGAUAGAGAUGUAUUUUGUAGAGAAUCGAAAAGACCAAAAGCUUUAGAACCAUCAACUCCAAGGCAUUUUCCUAAGAAAGAACACAAAUCUUUGUCGAGAAAAACAAACUGUUUGUUCACCAAAGAAACUACCCCGGGGGAUUUUGGUUCUCCAUUAUCUAAUCUGAGCAAAAGACCUACUUCGGAAACUGUCUGGCACUGCAGUCUUUGCACUUACAGUAAUAAUUCAUUGCUGCCUUAUUGUGAAAUAUGUGAAUCUCCUCGGAAAAGAAACACUGUACAGAAUAAAAAUCAGAUAGACUCUGUCUCUGCUGAGAGCAAGAAAGAAAAUGUAGCUGAAGAUCCUAUUAGUCUGAUAGACAAAAGAAGUAAGUCUGCGCAGAAAUUUCCAAAUGGGUGCCUGAGUGGAAUGUCUGAUGGAACCAAUGAAGAAGCUGAUUUUGCUGGAAAUAGACAACCAGAUCCUUGUACACCAAAACUGGGAGAAGAGCGUUUAGAGGAUUCAGGAUCCCUUCCAGGGUAUUGUGGCCUGUUGUUCUGCGCAAGUAGGAACUCUGAUAGAAUUCAUGUCUAUACAAAGGACGGAGAGCCCUUGAAUUGUAACUUCAUUCCAUUGGAUAUAAAAUUGGAUAACUGGGAAGAUUUACCAGAGUGUUUCCAACAAAAACAGAACCGUUCGUUGAUACUGAGGUUUGUAAGAGAAUGGAGUGCUCUGGGAGCCAUGAAGCAAAGAAUUAUCAAGAAAAGUGGGCAGCAGUUUUCUAGUCCCAUCCUUGCUGCUGAAGAGAUGUUGUCAAAGCAACAAGCCAAGCUCAAUAGCACUAAACGGUACAUGACAAAAGAGGAUGUCGCUAAAGCUUCACUAAAAAUAGCUGAAAACAUUGGAGGCAGUGUUCACAGGAUCACCAAAAAUUCUACUGUUGCCUUAAAAACCCACACUCUUUCUACUGGAGAAAGCAAUGAACAUUCUGCACAGUUGGCUCCAGAAGAUGGGAAUUGCCUAGUUUCCAGCUCUGAGCAGCUUGAUUCAGAGAAGGGCUAUGUGCAAGCUGUGGAUAAGGAAGGGAACCCCCUUUGCCUCAGUUGCCAAAACCCAACAGUGCAGAUUGAACAAACACCCGUCUCUGCCACCUGGGACACCCGAUUUUGUUCUCACACAUGUCAGGAUGACUUCCUAUUCCGCACUAGCCAAAGCUACCUGAGAACUAAAGUUUUUGAGAUUGAGCAUGGAGUGUGUCAGAUGUGCGGGUUGAAUGCUCAGGAACUCUACCUGUGUGUCAGAGAUGCCCCAAGGAAUCAGCGCAAAGUUAUUCUGGAGAGUUCUUGGAUGUCCAAGCUUCCUUUAAGACAGGUAAAAUAAGCUUUCUUCCUCUGG